CUUUUCUACAUUCACCACGCCAGAAAUUUUUGACCAAAUGCACCUACUCAACCGUUGCCUUUGUUUCUUGCGGCACCAACAGUUGCAAAUGCGAGUUCGUCAUCUAACCUCCCGGAACCGUUAUCCAGAUUCCUUGCCGCCGAUAGCAUCUUUGAAAGAAGCAUCAAUAAAUUAGUAGAAGUUCAUGUCCCCCUAGCGUGGAGAAAAGCAGAAGAAUUAACCCGCAAUACUGCUCACUAGAGUGUUAAGAACCCCGGUUCAGUUAUUUUUGCGGUUGUUGGGACUGGGGGUGCUACGGCUGUUGCUGCUCCAAGCAUAGUAUCUGCGUCGAUACUAUCUUCACUAGGGUUUGGUGCUACCGGAGUCAAGGGUUGUAAAUGUUGAGAUAUUUACAGAUACCUGUCUUUCCAAGUCUAAUAGGGAUUUAAAUGAGUCUAGGCUCGCUCGCUGCUGCCAUACACAGUAUCAUCGGGAACGUCGGAGCUAAAAGCUUGUUCGCAGUUGGUCAGAGUGCUGGAACCGGUGGCACUGGGCUCUCUAUCAUGAAUGCAGUUAUACAGGCUGGAGGUGCUGUUGCAGUUGUUGUUAGCGGUGGAGUAGCAGGGUUUAAGUCGAUUUGUAACUGAGGCCAGUAUUUACGCUGAAGUUCGUUCAGUGAGUACUACGGAGCUGUGGGCAGUUAACAUCCAUGUUUUAAUGAAUCCUAUCUCUGCUGCAACCGAUUAGAUAUCACGGC